AUGGCAGAAUUUUCAGCUGAUCUAUGUCUUUUUGACCUAGAUGGUACCAUAGUGAGUACAACAGUGGCCGCAGAGAAAGCAUGGACCAAGUUGUGUUACGAAUACGGUGUUGAUCCUUCCGAGUUAUUUAAGCAUUCUCAUGGUGCAAGAACACAAGAGGUUUUGAGAAGGUUUUUCCCUAAAUUGGAUGAUACAGACAAUAAAGGUGUUCUUGCUCUAGAAAAAGAUAUUGCCCAUAGUUACUUGGACACAGUAAGCCUUAUUCCUGGUGCAGAGAACUUACUGUUAUCGUUAGAUGUAGAUACUGAGACUCAAAAAAAGUUACCUGAAAGGAAAUGGGCUAUCGUUACCUCUGGUUCUCCAUAUUUGGCAUUUUCAUGGUUCGAGACAAUAUUGAAAAAUGUUGGAAAGCCCAAAGUUUUCAUUACUGGGUUUGACGUGAAGAACGGUAAGCCUGAUCCCGAGGGUUAUUCAAGAGCUCGUGAUUUAUUGCGUCAAGAUUUGCAAUUAACUGGUAAACAGGAUCUGAAGUAUGUUGUCUUCGAAGAUGCACCCGUGGGCAUAAAGGCCGGCAAAGCAAUGGGCGCCAUUACUGUGGGUAUAACAUCCUCGUAUGACAAGAGCGUUUUAUUUGACGCAGGAGCAGAUUAUGUAGUCUGUGAUUUGACACAGGUUUCCGUGGUUAAGAACAAUGAAAACGGUAUUGUCAUCCAGGUAAACAACCCUUUGACAAGGGCCUGA